UUGGUGUAACAAAACAAGCCAUUUGGUGACAUCACCUCAGACUGGAGGAGAUGUGUGAGGGGCAUGUUAACUGUGUUCUGGUGUUUAUGGUGUCACUAGUGUAAUGAUGAGCAGAUUAAUCGAUUAUGAAAAUAAUCGUUGCUUGGUUGCCCUCCUGGACACAUUAUGUCAACCUCAGUGCUUUCAUAACACGAGCAGCAUCGCAUUAUUACAUUAUAUAUUAUUAUCUUCCACAUUUGUAUUUGGGAGUUCCUAGUCUGGCCAGUCACCUUGACAACAUUGGCCCAAUGACAGCGCGCACGCGAACUAGGCCAGCCAAUCGCAGGCGUCCGUCGCUAGCUGCAUGUCAUUUCUGCUUCUGCUCCGCUUUGCAACCUGCAAACCGUGUUUUGUUUGUCUUGUCUGCGCAGCAGCAGUGAUGAGACCGCGGGCUCCCUUGCUGCCGCUGCUGCUGCUGGCUCGGUACAAACGGAGGAAACCUCUUCUUCCCUUCUCGUGACUUUUCCCGCUCAUGAGGACUCCGGUAAUAACCGCAGAGGACGCACGGAGCAGGACCGAACGGGAGCGCACCACCGCCGGCUGGGCUCUGGACUCAGCUGCUGCUGCUGCUGCUGCUGGAUGAGAGAGGAGAGAGUCUGACUAGGCAUUUUCUCCCCGGUGACAAGAGACAAUCUCAGCGGCGCAUCUUCCCACAUCCUCCUCCUCCUCCUCCCUCUUCCUCUCUCCUCUCCUCCUCCUCCACCACCACCUCCACCGCUGCCCUCCAAGGCUGCAGCCCCACCGACCAUGGCCCUGGUGACUCUGCAGCGCUCCCCCACUCCCAGUGCAGCAUCCUCGGCCAGCACGACCAACAGCAGUGCGGGGGAGGAUUUUGGAAGUGAUGAUGAGCGGAAAAAUAAUCAGAGCCUCAGUGAGAGCUUCUUCAUGGUCAAAGGAGCCGCCCUCUUCCUCCAGCAGGGCGGCAGCGCACAAGGACCAAAGACCCCGACCCACCACAAACACGCAGGUGAUUUACCUCAACACCUGCAGGUCAUGUUUAAGAUCCUCCGGUCUGAAGAUCGCAUUAAGCUGGCUGUCCGGUUAGAGAGCGGAUGGUCAGACCGCGUGCGCUACAUGGUCGUCAUCUACACCAACGGCCAUCAGGAUACGGAGGAAAACAUCGUCGUGGGUAUGGACUUCACAGACAAGGACAGUAAAAAUUGCUCUAUUGGGAUGGUGCUGCCACUGUGGAGUGAUACCAACAUACAUUUAGAUGGAGAUGGAGGCUUCAGCGUGAACACGGCGGGGCGGUCACAUGUCUUCAAGCCUGUGUCUGUGCAGGCCAUGUGGUCUGCCCUGCAGGUCCUCCACAAGGCAUGCGAGGUGUCGCGCCGGUUCAACUACUUCCAAGGAGGCAUCCCUCUCACCUGGAUGGCCUUCUACGAGAGCUGCAUCACCUCGGAGCAGAGUUGCAUCAACGAGUGGAACGCUAUGACCGACCUGGAGACCACCCGGCCCGACUCGCCCACCAUGUUCGUCGACCGGCCGACUGAGCGAGAGAGAACCGAGUGUCUCAUUAAAGCCAAGCUACGCAGCAUCAUGACGUUUCAAGACCUGGAGAACAUCACCUCCAAGGAGAUCCGUAACGAGCUGGAGCAGCAUAUGAGCUGUAACCUCACAGAGUACAAAGAGUUUAUAGACAACGAGAUGCUUUUGAUCCUGGGUCAGAUGGACAAGCCCACGCUUAUCUUCGACCAUGUGUACUUGGGCUCUGAGUGGAACGCUUCCAACCUGGAAGAACUACGUGAAUGCGGCGUGGGUCACAUCCUGAAUGUUACCAGAGAGAUUGACAACUUCUUCCCGGGGAUGUUUUCUUAUAACAACAUCCGCGUAUACGAUGAGGACGCCACCGACCUGCUGGCCCACUGGAACGACACCUACAACUUUAUUGUCAAAGCCAAGAAGAACAAUUCCAAGUGCCUGGUGCACUGUAAGAUGGGGGUGAGCCGGUCCGCCUCUACAGUUAUUGCCUAUGCAAUGAAGGAGUAUGGCUGGUCCCUGGAGAGAGCCUACAACUUUGUCAAGCAGAAACGGAGUAUAGCUCAGCCAAACGCCGGUUUCAUGAGACAGCUGGCAGAGUACGAGGGAAUCCUGGACGCAAGUAAACAUCGCCACAACAAGCUGUGGAGGCCUGGAACGGAUGAGGAAGGAUCAGAUGAUUUGCAAGCCUCUGGCCACAGUACUGGUGGGGAGGAGACGCCAGUGUCCAGAGGGGAUGAAGCGUGGGGAGGCUGCGGGGCGUCUCCGUGCAGGGCUCCGGGCCUGGAGAUGGAGCCCCUUGACUCUCUGAACUAUAAUUAUUACUUCAGACGUUUGUCGGACUCUGCGCUAGACAGCGAGCCCUCCACCCCGGUGCGGGGUCCCCCUCUGCUAGGCAUGGAAAGAGUUUUCAUCGAGAUCGAAGACGUGGAGAGGGACGCCCUAUUGGAGGACGAGGGCUUCCCCAUGGCCCAUUUAGCCCUGCCUGGCGAGGGAACGGCGGCUCAGACGUGCGGCCGCCUCGACCCCCUGGAGGACAUGAGGCAUAGGCUCGAGAUCAGCACUUUGGAGGAAGAGGACGAGGAGGAGGCCAAGAAAGAGGAAGCUGAGAUGGCAGCCUUGGCUGCAACGCCUGGAAAUUCAGAUGGGAAGAGGGCAGGGGAGGACGCCGAGAGGACGGAGGAAAGCCGGUUAGGCCUGGCCAACCUGAACACCAACAACAGCAACCGCCUCGCCGCCAAGCGCAGCUGCCCCGCAGCUUUUGACGACAGUGCUAGCACAGGAAACCCUUUAAAAGUGAAGCCCUCCUAUCAGUCCUGUAAAGACUGCCUGCGUCUACCACAAGGGCGGCGCUGUGACCGUCCAGCAGGAGGCCGUUCUCACCGCCUUAACCCCUCCCGCCACUGCACUAUCCCCACCAUAUGCAUAGAUCCACCCGGGACCAAUUUUGCCUCCUCCACCACAAUUCUGCAGUCUCUGCAAGCCCCUGUAGUCGUCCCACCCAGCUUGGUCCAGCCCUGUAGUCAUCUGUACCGCUGUGCCACCUGCAUCCCCGGUGUCCCGCUAACCAACCGCCAGAAACCGGUCUCACCCAUGAGCUGCGAGGAGACGCCUCCUGACCACAGCUCGGCGGACACUGCAGAGGACAUGGGGGACGACGUGGGAGCCCCUGUAACCUCGAGGGAGGUUACAGGGGCCAUCGGUGCGGCUCCUGCUGAAGGUUUAGAAUUACAACCGGGUGGUGCGGCGGAGCUCCAGCAGCAGGCGCUGGCCCAGCUACAGAUGCCAGGACUGGGGAUAGAAUUUGGUCUGGAGCUGAUGCGACAGAGGGCGGAGCAGCUGGAGAAGCUGCCGAGCUUGGCCAUGGAGGGCCAGCUCCCAGUAGGGCCUCUGCCUUAACACAGUGGCCCGGGACAUGGAUGAGAUGGAGGAGGAGGCUCACCACUGCCUCCAGCAGGUACCUUUUAGAUGACUGCCGCUGUGGUGUCGUACCAGAAACGAAGCUCUGCUUUGACCUGUACUGUCAUGUCCUGGCCUCAUAGCUGCACUGUCACAAGCUGCAUUUCCAGAGAGUGUCCUGUCAUUGUCUACCGGCAUUAAAGAUCCAGAUGAGGCUGGUUGUUUUUGACUAUACGCUAAAGGCUUGAACGCUUCUGGCCAGGUAAGGACUGAAGACUUUCCCCCCGUGUCCUUCCACUUGUCCCUCAAAGGCCCAUCUGGUCUCUUCUGAGCCUGCUGACCACAUACAGGAUCAUCACACUUCCCCACAGCCCAGUGGAGAUGAGCCUUAUGCUGCCAUUUUACCCUCAACAGGCAGGUUUGGCAUAUUCCCAAGACAGGAGACAGUGGUGGUUGUUGUUCCUUUCUAACUCCUGAGAAAGCUACAGCUAGCACUCUGAUGUUGAUGGAGAGAAAAAGUAACACGCUUCUGUCAGUGUACUGUAUGUUUUUCAAUCCAAACUCAUCAACAGUAUCCAUGAAGGAGCUCAAUGAAUGUUUGCAGUUGAGCCAUUUUGGUUUGCAUUCGGCGUCUCCUCGUGUUACCACUGAUAGCUGAAUCCUCACUAACCUCCACUUAUAUUUUUUUUUCCCUGCUGCAGCUGCUUUUGCAUCACGAAAGGGCAUUUCACGUGGAAGCAUAAUAAUUUUGAAAAAGGAUGUGAGCCUCUUUAUGCCUCUUUGUAAAGCGUCGUACCUCGGACCACAAGCAUCUCUCGGACUGUUUUGGUCAAAGACUCUUUUGUUGUCUCUCCGCUCAGUGGCUGGUUCACCCUGACCUCCUGCAUUUAAUGUAAUCAUGUACUUAAAGCACUCAUUUUAGCCCCACGCAUGACUUUGCAGUAUUACAAAACAUAUCGUCAACAUGCUUAGACAUAAAACAUUUAAGUUGUCUUUUUUUAAUAUAUAUAUAUAUAUAUAUAUAUAUAUAUAUAUAUAUAUAUAUAUAUAUAUUAAAAUGCAUUCAAAUUUGUCAUAAUUCAGUUUAACUGACAACGAUCAUUCAUCAGAUGGAGGAUAAAUUGGUUGAUUUGAACCCAACUCCUCGUCUUAUGCCUGAAAUAACGAUAAAAACGACUGAAGUUCGUUACAUUCAUUCAUUCAGAUGUCAGGAAACAUUCAGAAGCUCAAAUGUAAUCUUAUUUUCCACUCUUGGUCUGAUCACUUCCUGAUGUAACCAAAGCCAUAUCACGUUGCCAGGUCCAGUUAAUCACUUUCUCACCCAGUCUGCAUCUGGGUAGUCAUUUCUCUAAGAGGAAAACAUGGCUCACACAGUUAACGUUUUGGUCACACUUUGAAAAACAACAGGCUACCUUUUCCUUAAACCCACAAACAUUUGGUGAAGGCACACUAAUCAUGUAUAGAAUUAGCACUUGGGCACAACUCCAGUAUCCAUUCACACACGGUGCACAUUUCAGAUACAUUUAAUCAAAUUAGUUUGAGAACACUAAAGCAGGAACAGACAUCAGAAUGAGUUCUAUUCUUUGCUUGCAGUGUAAAGUCCAUCCUUGUGAGUGUAGCUUAUUUGAUCUAUUGAUUAUUAUUAUAAUAAUUCUGACUUUCCAAAAAUAUUUCUAUUUACAGUGUGAAAAUUAAAAAUUAUAGUCUUAAUUUACAAUAUUAGAUUUCCUUUAUCUUAAGUACAGAAAAAAAUUCACCUAUUAAGAAAACUGCAAAGCCCAGCACUUUUUCAACUCUUCAAGUAGGGCUGCAACUAUCCCUCUUUUUCAUUGUCAAUUAAUUUGUUGAUUAUUUUCUCAAUUAAUCGAUUAGUUGUUUGGUUUAUAAAAUGUCAGAAAAUGGUGAAAAAUGCCGAUUGGUGUUUCCCAAAGUCCAAGAUGACGUCCUCAAAUGUCUUGUUUCGUCCACAAAUCAAAAAUGUUCCGUUUACAGUGAUAGAGGAGUAAAGAAACCAGAAAUUAUUCAUAUUUAACAAGCUGGAAUCAGAGAUUUUUUACUUUUUUUUU